AUGUCGGCGGCCAAGAAGCGAAAGGUGGGCGACGCGGUGCUCGAGGCACUUGACACGGCACGCGCUGAGCUCGAGGAGCGGGAGACCAAUCUCGAGCAGCGCGAGGAGGCCCUGCGGAAGGCAAUUGAGGGCGUGGAGCACGAGAAGCAACUCAUGGCAGGCCGGAAGCCGAGCGACGUUCUGCCCAUCAACAUCGGUGGAACAAAGCUCGCCGUGCUGCGGAGCACACUCUGCCAGUACGAAUCGUCGCUGCUGGCAGCCAAGUUCUCGGGACGUUGGGACGACAGCGUCGCAAAGGAUGCUGACGGCGCCUUCUUCAUUGACCAGCCGAUCGAGCUCAUGCUGCCGCUCAUCAACUACCUUCGGGACAAGGCCAUCGCAGCACCGGAUGUGGCUCUCGAUCUUCCUUGCAAUACCAACGCUGCAGGCGAGACUCUUGCAACGCAUAAGCAAGCGAGGUUCAUGCGGUUGGUCGAGUACUUCGGGAUGACUCCAUUCGUCUACCAGCAAGCCUUCGCGAUCUGGCGCGGGGGCGAGGCCCAGUCCUCUUUCACCUGCGGCCCAGAACCAAGCGUCUCGUGCAAGGCGUGGGGCACCUACCAGCUGGGCCCUGUCGGCCACGAGCGCGUUGUCAAGAGCUUUGAGAUCGUGCUCGGAGCGUCCAUCGAGCGCGUGCAAAUUGGAUGGGCCUACACGCCUGAUCCCACGAGUUCCAACUACUUCCCGAGAAAAGUGAAGCAGCUGGAGGUAGCAGCUGGAGGUACCAGGGUAGUGCGGCUCGAACAUCAGUCGCGCACCAGCGAUGCCAACGUGCCCAGCACUGACACAUCGCAGAUAUUGUAG